GAAGCCCGUUCGAACGGCGGCUGGCCCCAUCGACAACCCCUCUCCUGACGCGCGCGCCGAGCAGCGACGCGAUGCCGCGCAGAAACAUGCCUACCCCGAGUGCCCUUCGGUUUGCGGCGCUGGCGCUGCUACUUUUGGUCCUUGCUUCUUGCUGCGUCCGUGGAUCGGAAUACCCUGCCCUCAGGCGAAGUCGACAGUUUGGCGGAACACAGAACCACGGUUCCUCGCGUUCCGCGACAGGAAGGAAGUACGAGGUUGAAGAUGGACGGAGGAACUGCAUAUCCCGAUGUCCCGGCGAGUCAGAGUCGCCCGUAUCUGAAAUCGCAGUGCAUGAAUCUCGUGGCGGUGUUCUGCCGUCAGCGCGUCCGACGCAGCGGCCGCAACAGCAGCGACAGCCCCAACAGCGCCAGCAGCGUGGUCACUCUCGCGGUGGUUCCUUUCUGGGCGCAGUCGGUUCGCCGGCGGUCAUCUCCUCGCGCAUGUCGCCGUGUCCGGUGGAAGUGCAGGACAACAGGGGGACCGUGGAGAGCCCAAACUUCCCGGACACGUACCCGCCCAACACGGACUGCUUCUCGGUGCUUCGAGUCAAGCCUGGCGACGUCGUGGCACUGAAGUUCGAGACCCUGUUCAUGGAGAGAAACCCACGCUGCUCCUCUGACUACGUCGAGAUCUUCGACGGCGCCACUUUCGACAGCCCGUCUCUUGGCCGCUUCUGCAGAGAAAACCAAAAGAGCUCGUUAGAGUUGCGCUCUACGGGCAAUGCGAUGGCAGUGCACUUCCAUUCGGACGACAUAGUCAACCUGCAGGGAUUCCGUGCCAGGUACCACGGCUACAACGAGCUUGAAGAACAACAUGCCGAACCCAGUAACUGCCGCGUGUGGACUGAAGAUUCCCGCGGCUUCAUCAGCAGUCCCAACUACCCGGAUGCCUAUCCGCCAAACUCUUCGUGCCGUGUGCCGCUGGAUGCUGGACCACAAAACAUAAUCACGCUGUACAUAGUCGACAUACAGCUGGACCCGUACAAAGACUGCCCUUACGACAAGAUUGAAGUACGAGAUGGUGCAAAUGAAGAUGCUUACCUCCUAGGGCGCUUUUGUGGAGCCCAGGGCGAGCCGGAAGUGGUGUCUUCAAGCGGUCGAGAAAUGUUCCUAUUCUUCAACAGUGAUUCGUACCUGAGCGGUCGUGGAUUCAAGGCCGAGUUCCGCGUCCACAAAAAGCCUCUUGGUCCGAAAGAUCAGACGGGUAAAAGCCGAGGAUUUGACGAGGAGGAUCUCCUGGACGUGCGUCAAUCACCACGUGACGCAUCGCUGCGUUACCGGGAGUCACACAUCUUCCGCUGUGUUCCUGCGCACCCGCAGUACACCUCAACCACUUGGUUCAAAGAGGAUGAAGAACUGCGCAUCUUCAUGCAAGAUCCGAAUCUUGAGGGUCUCAUCCUCGUCGGCAACAACACCCUGUGGGUCAGAGAGAUGGACGUCUCUUUGCGGGGCAACUACACUUGUCGCGUGUCCAGUGGUUCUGCCGUACGAGACCUGCACUUCAAGAUUAGCUACGCUGGACCAGCGAUCGUGAAACCCCCCUGCGAAAUAGUUCAACGUAAGGUGCCCCAGGAUACCAGCUUCACCCGGGGCGAGACGGUCAUCCUGCCGUGCGAGACGAGCGGUUCCCAUGUGGCCACCCACUGGACGCGCAACGGAGCCCAGCUGCGCACCGGCGUGGACCGCGUCACCAUCCUGCCCAUCGGCUUCCUGACCAUCAACGACUCGCGGCCCGAGGACAGCGGCGUGUACGCGUGCGUCGCCACCGACGUCGCCAAAAACUGCUCGCGCUCAUUCUCCGCCGCCGUCGCCGUCAUGCCCAAGUCUCGACUCCAAGAAGUGUGCGGCCGCGUGGAUCUCGACAAGGCUAAUACACCGGCGGAGAGGAUCUCCGGUGGCCACGAUGCGCCCAAGGGAGCCCAUCCAUGGCAGGCUCUUCUGCGCUAUCGCAGCGGCGACGCCUUCUGCAGUGGCAGCCUGGUGAGCGAACGAUAUGUACUGACGGCGGCCCACUGCGUCGAGAACCUGCGCACGCGAACAGCUCAAAUAGAGGUGGCACUCGGCAAGCUUUACGUCGACCAAGUGGAGGCCGAAGAGCUGGUGACUGACGUUCGCGACAUCCGCAUACACCCAAACUACCGGCUGGUCACCGUCGACAGUGACAUCGCUUUGGUCGAGCUGGCGGAGCAUGUUCCUUUCAGCACGCUCAUCAGACCCGUGUGUUUAGGAGAGGCAGACCAGAUCGAGAAGGACUUUUUUCUGCACUCCAAGCAGAAGGCGUUCGUGUCUGGUUGGGGCCGUACCAUGAACAACAAGCGCGCAUCCAGCCGCCUGCAAGAAGCUGAGGUGCCGAUUCAUUCGCCUGACAUCUGCCGACGGUCCACAAACUUCACGGUGACCGAGAAUAUGUUGUGCGCGGGUGCAACGACGGGAGGAAUCGCACGGGAUGCCUGCGACGGAGACAGCGGCGGACCCCUGGUGGCGGAACGCGGAGGCCGGUGGUACCUUCUUGGAAUCGUCAGCUGGGGUGACAGCGUACUGUGUGGUACCAAGGGCAGCUAUGGGUUCUACACCAAAGUGAACCGUUUUCACCAAUGGGUCAAGAGCAUCAUCAGCUGAGACAUUCGACGCACCGUCACUCGGCCGAGUGACGGAGACCAGAUUAGUCCACUCUACGCCCAGUCAAGCCCUGGAAGUGUCCAGGCCCAACUGAACUUCUCAGGACAGGGGGCAACGACCUAACCACCUCGACACAUUACAAUACAUACAGACGAACAUGCUCACGAACACUAGGCUACAUCGCCUGAAUAGAGUGAAGUACAGCUGUGACUCUGCUAUAUAGUUUCAGUGGUCAUUACUCAGGCGUCAGAGAUUUCAAGGAGAACAAAGGCAUGAUAGUCAGACAGAAGCCGAAAUUUCAAUGGGGAGGGGGUGAACUUCAAAACAGAUGGCAUAUGCAGCAACACCACGUACACUAUUGAACCCAUUAACCCACCCGACGAUAUACUUAAGCACCAAGUGCAAUAUUUAUGCUCAUAUUCAGUGGCAGAAGGCGUGGCAGCAUGGGGAACUGUCAUUUACCGGUCUUCUACUUUCUAAGAACGCUAGACUGGAAGAUGCAUGUUGUCAUUCGGAGGAAACACAAACGUCGUUUGGCGGUUACCUAACAUCCAAACGCUAGUCCUAACGAGGGGAAUUCAGAUGCUUUUGUGAUAAAAAUGACACUACCUGGUAUACCCUGUUAGGUGGCAACACUAAAACGUAGUCGGCAGAUACUGUCGAAAGAUUUCACGAGAAAAUGAAAAUGAAGUUUUCAUUUUCGAAAGCUUGGCGUCUACUUCAUCAUUCCGCAAUAGCCGGUCGUAAUAUGUUAGAGUGUGUUUGGCGUACAUUUUUCAGUCAAAAAUUAUGGGGCCUAAGAAUGAAAUACAUCUCAUCAAAGCCAGCUAACAAUUCUUUUGGCGGUUCAAUAGGUGAUUUUCUUGCUGUUUUAUUUUGCUAUCCUGUUACAUUUUUUUCGUAGUUAAUUCUCAAGGGGAUUCUGUACAUAGAUGUAUCGAAGGCUGUUUACCUGUAAAUAUCGCCAAAUAUGUUGCUUGAUUUCUACGAACUGUGAAGUUCUGCUUAACCGCGCAUUGCUGUGGUGCAGUGUUACAAAGACAGAACCGAAUCUAGGAAAUACUGUAGACUCGUGCAUGAUGGCAGCGUGAAAAUUUUGUCCCAUAAUUUAAAUAACUCUUGUUUUUUUAACGUGGGGGAGGUGCUAGCAAAGGGGGGGGGGAGAAAAUUAAGUUGCACAAAUAUUUAUAUGCUGUUUCCCCCCCGUGCAAACUGUCCAUUCAGAUGUGCGGAUUCUGAUAUCACGUGUUUGUGUCAUGCUGACUAUGAGUUUUCUAAUACUCAACUAACCCGUAUUUUUUGGCUAAUUUCGUAUUGUUUGGUGUGUUAUGUAUGUUAUGCCCAUACUCUGCGACGAUUUCACAUAUAGCUGAACUUUACUUCAUUAUGUAUGUAGAGAUGGGAGGGAAACCCAGGCACCCCUGGAAGUGUUCCACAUUCUAGUCCUGUGCAGGCAAUAAUGCUCAAGCCGCCUUUCAAAAUUUUGAGUCUGAGGCAAAGGCAGAUUUUUUACACAGCCUCCCUAAAUAUUGCCUCGUAAAAUGCAGCUAGCUCAAUUAUUUUCUGCUAUUUGCGUCGGGGUCUCAUCGGUAACUGAGAAUGCAUGCACAGAAUAGCAUGUGAAUUGUUUUUGAUGGGCCACCAACUGUGAGAGUUGUGCCAUAUAAACGGCAAUAAACUCCUGACAUCGCUAAGAUUGAGUCAUUGUGUGAGCCGUAUACAUGUCUAGCUCUUAUUGCGUUUUUAUGAGUGUCAAUGAUAUUGCGUGUUUACGAGCGUGUACAAUAUGCCGUCACUGGUGUGUCAUACAGUGUGUUCAUUACUUGAUGUCUUGAGCUACUGAAUAAAAUGAUUACUUCGAGCUUGAACAACA